UAGAACAGGGAUUUGUCUGUAAAUGGCGAAGAUCGCUCCUUUGUCCCCCUUCAACUUCGGAGUACCAGAUUAGAUAUUCAGAUGAUAUCAUUUGGAAGGAACAAAACGGUCUUCUUCCUUGGCCGUUUUCUGUUUUCACUUCCUUCUCCCUCAACCUCAUACACCAUUAUUAUAUAUCAAGGCCUAAGCAAAUCCACCUUUCCAGUUUACUCUCCCAGUCUGCAACCCCUUCUACUUCUCUAGUCUCCAAUCUCCAAUCUCCAUUUUCCAAUCUUCUCUCUUACAUCAAAUUCAGUCACUACCCAGUAGUCCUCCACUAGCAAAGAACCUUCUUUCCCUUCACUUUCAGUGUUCAGAGUUCAGACUUCACAGACGCCAACCUUCGUUCCUUAUUCCAGUCUUGCAGAAGUUCGUAAAAUCAGAGUAACCCUUUUUCUUCUUUGAUUGUUGCCCACUUGCAUCUCUUCUCUAUACUGUUUAUAAACCGUAUUUCAACUUAGUAAACUGCUUAUGGUGGCGUUGUUGAAGUCCAUUUCAUAGCUGAAGCAUCUCCGGGUGGUGAUUAUAGCUUAGAAACCAACCUUAAACUGCCUCGGAUUCGUUUUCUGUGGAAACUGUAGUUGAAUCCUACAUUGAAGUCUCGGACCCUUUCCUUCUGUUCACGGAAAUUGAUUUGUUGGUUCAGAUUCUGGAACCGGCGAUGGGAUGAAACAUAGAUCUGCGAAAGAAGAGGGAGAGGAGGGGAUCCUGCCGCGGAAGCUGGAUAUCAUUGUGGGAGCUUUGAAUUCGAUGUUUCUGGUCUCUGAUUUUUAAGAUUCACCAAAAAAAUAUGAGUUCUCGGCGUAAAGAGGAGCUUAAGAGCCUCUGUUGCAACAAUGGCUGGUCGUAUGGAGUCUUCUGGAGCACCAAUCGCCGUAACUCCCUGCUGUUGACCUUGGAAGAUGCUUAUUAUGAUGAUCAAAUGGGCAUGGAGAUUGACAAAAUGCUUCCUCAGGUCCACUUGUUGGGAGAAGGAAUCAUUGGACAAGCAGCUUUUACUGGGAAACACCGUUGGUUAUUCUUAGAUGCUUGCUGUGGAGCAAGGAGUCCUUCAGGAUAUGUCGUCAGUCAAGAUGUCUUUCAGGAUAAUUCAGAGCUUCAUCAUCUGUUUUCCUCUGGAAUAAAGACAGUUGCAGUAAUUUCUGUGGCACCACAGGGAGUGGUACAGUUUGGAUCCACCAAGAAGAUUCUGGAGAGGUUGGAGUUUGUGGAUCACACUCAAAGUUUGUUUCGGCAGAUUGAAAGCAUUGAUAAGCUUAUUCUAUUGCAAAAUGCACAGAGAAAUUUGAAAGGUGAACUCUAUGAUCCAUGUGGAUCAUUUGCUUCUGUAGUAUUGUCUGGCAAUUCCUAUUCCAGUUAUGGAAACAUCAAACCCUCGCAUGAUGACAGCUGCAAAGACCAGAUGGUAAAAUCCCAUUCGUCAUUAAUUAUUCCUCAGUCUUCUGCUUUUACAUCAGAGUGGCACCGUGGUAGCAUGUCGACCUUGAUUGGCAACCAAUUUAACAUCAAAAGCCAAUAUCAAAUGGAAGGUGUGGAGGCUCAAAUGACAUUAACAAAACCUAGUAUGCAGUUGCCGCAGGGCUUAUCAAAGUCUUAUUCCAGUUGUACCGAGAACACUGUUCACAGACUCCAAACCAUGAGUUUCCUGAGUUGUGAAGGUUCAACCCUAAAUUCAUUUGAACCAAAACUACUAGGUGGAGCAGGAAUGUGUGUUACUCCAAAAGUACCUUCAGCCAAUCUGCAUACUCCUGUAUCUUACCAAAACUCACAUGUAGAUUUUCAAGGGGAGUCAACCUUCCAGCCAUUAGGUAGCAUAGGCAGGUCACUUGAUCCGGUUUCUGACAAAGGAAUAAUUGAAGGCAACAAAACUAGCAGAUAUGGCACAGGGGAAUUGGUAGACAGCCAACCACUCGCUUUCUUUACCCAUCCAGCAGAAGAUGAACUUCCAGAGGUAUCAUCUUGCUUUCCUACAUUCACUGGAGAGUCUAGGUCGUCCAAUGCUACGUCAGCUGUUUCUGAACCCAACCCAGUAUAUAAUCUCUCUCAGUUGGGUGAUCCACCAUUGCAGCAGGGAAACAAUGGAUUGGCACUGAAUGUCAACUUCUCAAAACCAUUAGUAGUGCCAGGUAAUCAUUCGAAUCAGGCAGUUACACCUGCCAUCAAUAACAUAAAUUCUCCUGGUGCUGUAUGUGAUAGGAAAGGAAACUCUUCAAAUGCAUAUAUGCAAAUGCCUGCCGUAAACGACCUUUUUGAUAAUUUGGGAUUGGAUUUUAGCAGCUGCCAGAGUCGGGAGUGCUGGGAUGAUGUUCUGUUGCCACUAGGGACUGGUGGCUGCCCAAGUUUGAGUACUCGUAUUUCAGAGUGUAUCUCAGAGUUAGAGGUUGGUUCCAUGGCUGUUCCCCAGAGAGGAUUCUUCUCUGGUGAACAGCUGUUAAAUGAUGUUGUCUGUAACUUUAACUCGGUUACCAAUCCUAGCUCAGAGGAUUCCGCAACUACUAUAACGAGAACAGGAAGUAGUACAGGAUACUGUAAUCAAAUUCAGUUGGCUGGUCUCUCUCCCUUGGGUGGAAAUAUGGAUGUGGUGCUGCCUGAAUAUAAUAACCUGGAUAAGAUUAAAACACCUGUAAUUCAGAAGGAAAUUGUUGCAAAGUCUCAGGUGGGAUCAUGGAUAGAUGAUAGUUAUAGCAUGAAUGCAGAGAGUGCUGUGGUUACUCAGCCUAAGAGAACUGAAGAACCAGCCACAGUUACCAAGAAAAGAGCUCGGCCUGGAGAAAGUACUCGGCCAAGGCCCAAAGACCGUCAGCAAAUCCAAGACCGCAUCAAAGAGCUGCGAGAGAUUGUGCCUAAUGGUGGAAAGUGUAGCAUCGAUGCUUUGUUGGAUCGAACCAUCAAAUAUAUGCUUUUCUUGCAGAGUGUAAAUAAAUACGCCAAUCAACUUAAAAAAGAUGAUGAGCCUAAAAUGAUUGGUGAUGAGAGCUGUGUGAUUCUGAAAGACAAUGCAAGCGGUGAUGGUUGUGGUGCCACCUGGGCAUUUGAAGUGGGUGGUCAAACCAUGGUCUGCCCAAUUAUAGUUGAGGACCUCGGGCCCCCUAGGCAGAUGCUGAUAAAGAUGCAUUGUGAAGAGCAGGGUUUCUUUCUUGAGAUAGCAGACAUUAUUCAGGGUAUUGGCUUGACUAUCUUGAAGGGAGUAAUCGAAGUUCGAGAAGAUAAGUUCUGGGCACGGUUUGUUGUUGAGGCAAGCAAGGAAGUAACCAGAAUGGAUGUAUUUUUGUCUCUCGUUCAUCUUCUACAACAAACAGUAAGCAGUGGAGUUGGUUCGAGUAAUCAGCAAAGCAAGGUUGUUGAUGGUGAGGUUCCACUAUUCAACAAUUUUCAGCAAUCUUCAAUGCCACUCCCAGUCAGAUUGGUUGAUGGAAUGCAGUGACCUGAUCUAUAAAAUCAUGGUCCAGAAUUGCCUCGAGCAGUCGCCAUUGUGUGCCUUGCCAUGACUGGUAUUCUGCAACAUUGUCUUCCAAGAGUGACGAAAAAGCUCAUAUUUAUUUGAGUCUCUCCAUAACGAAUGAGUAGGUGCACAAGGGAAUUAUACUGUAGGUGCACAAGGGAAUUAUACUUUCUCCUCUGUACCAAAAGAAGAGGAUAGAGAUGCGUAUUUGCAUGUUGAGAAUUUCUGCCAUUGCAAUUGAAGAUCCUGCCCAAGAGUAGGGAGUCUGGUAAGGAGUAGGCUUGUGCAGUGGGUUUGUGGCUGUGAUGGGAUGAGGUCCAUGUUGGACAAAUACAGAGCAAGGCUGCCAAGCACAAACAGAAAGAGAGAGAGAUGGUGGAUCUGAGUGCUCUUUCUUCUUUGGCUCUCUCCUAACUUGUGUAUAACCAUGGAACUUGCAUUGAAAUUGAAUUAGAACUAGUUAAUAAAGCUGUACUAAGAGUUGUUUCA